CUCUCCCCGACCCUCCCCCUCCCCUCUGUCGCCCGCUUUCUGUCAGCCUCUCUCCCUCUCCCUCUUCCCCUCUCUCCUUCCUCUAGCUUCCUCUCACGCACCUGAGCACAAACACCUGCCCGGGCCCAGCUCCGCUCCCUCCUCCCUCCUCCCCCUCCCUUUUUCCCCGCCCCGGCCGGAAGGCUCCGGCCUCGGCCACAGGAGCUUCGCGGCUGCGUCACCGCCGCCCCCUCAGACAAGAUGGACACCGCCGAGGAAGACAUAUGUAGAGUGUGUCGGUCAGAAGGAACACCUGAGAAACCUCUUUAUCAUCCUUGUGUAUGUACUGGCAGUAUUAAGUUUAUCCAUCAAGAAUGCUUAGUUCAGUGGCUGAAACACAGUCGAAAAGAAUACUGUGAAUUAUGCAAGCACAGAUUUGCUUUCACACCAAUUUAUUCCCCAGAUAUGCCUUCACGGCUUCCAAUCCAAGACAUAUUUGCUGGUCUGGUUACAAGUAUUGGCACUGCAAUACGAUAUUGGUUUCAUUAUACACUUGUGGCCUUCGCAUGGUUAGGAGUUGUUCCUCUUACAGCAUGCCGCAUCUACAAGUGCUUGUUUACUGGCUCUGUGAGCUCACUACUGACACUGCCACUAGACAUGCUGUCCACGGACAAUUUAUUGGCGGAUUGUUUGCAGGGUUGUUUUGUGGUGACAUGCACACUCUGUGCGUUCAUCAGCCUGGUGUGGCUGCGAGAGCAGAUCGUCCACGGAGGAGCCCCGAUUUGGCUGGAGCAUGCUGCUCCGCCCUUCAAUGCUGCUGGGCAUCACCAAAAUGAGGCUCCAGCAGGAGGAAAUGGUGCUGAAAAUGUUGCCCCCGACCAGCCUGCUAACCCACCUGCCGAGAAUGCAGUGGUGGGAGAAAACCCUGAUGCCCAGGAUGACCAGGCGGAGGAGGAGGAGGAGGAGAAUGAGGAGGAGGAUGAAGCUGGAGGGGAAGACGCAGCUGAUGCCAACAAUGGCGCGCAGGAUGACAUGAACUGGAAUGCUUUAGAAUGGGAUCGAGCUGCAGAAGAGCUUACAUGGGAAAGAAUGUUAGGACUUGAUGGAUCACUAGUUUUUCUAGAACAUGUCUUCUGGGUGGUGUCUUUGAACACACUGUUCAUUCUUGUUUUUGCAUUUUGCCCUUACCACAUUGGUCAUUUCUCCCUUGUUGGUUUGGGAUUUGAAGAACAUGUCCAGGCAUCUCAUUUUGAAGGCCUAAUCACCACCAUAGUUGGGUAUAUACUUUUAGCAAUAACGCUGAUAAUUUGUCAUGGCUUGGCAACUCUUGUUAAAUUUCACAGGUCUCGUCGCUUGCUGGGAGUCUGCUAUAUUGUUGUUAAGGUCUCUUUGUUAGUGGUGGUAGAAAUUGGAGUAUUCCCUCUCAUUUGUGGCUGGUGGCUGGAUAUCUGUUCCCUGGAAAUGUUUGAUGCUACUCUGAAGGAUCGAGAAUUGAGCUUUCAGUCCGCUCCAGGUACUACCAUGUUUCUGCACUGGCUGGUGGGGAUGGUGUAUGUGUUCUACUUCGCCUCCUUCAUCCUGUUACUGAGAGAGGUACUUCGACCUGGUGUCUUGUGGUUUCUAAGGAAUUUGAAUGAUCCAGAUUUUAAUCCAGUACAAGAAAUGAUUCACUUGCCUAUUUAUAGGCAUCUCCGAAGAUUUAUUUUGUCAGUGAUUGUCUUUGGCUCCAUUGUCCUCCUGAUGCUUUGGCUGCCUAUACGGAUAAUUAAGAGUCUGCUGCCUAAUUUUCUUCCAUAUAAUGUCAUGCUCUAUAGUGAUGCUCCAGUGAGCGAACUGUCCCUUGAGCUGCUUCUGCUUCAGGUUGUCUUACCAGCGUUACUUGAGCAGGGGCAUACACGGCAGUGGCUGAAGGGGCUUGUGCGAGCAUGGACUGUUACUGCUGGAUACUUGCUGGAUCUUCAUUCCUAUUUGUUGGGAGACCAGGAAGAAAAUGAGAACAGUGCAAACCAACAAGUUAACAAUAACCAGCAUGCCCGAAAUAACAACGCUAUUCCUGUGGUGGGGGAAGGCCUGCAUGCAGCCCACCAAGCCAUACUCCAGCAGGGAGGGCCUGUCGGCUUUCAGCCUUACCGCCGGCCUUUAAAUUUUCCACUCAGGAUAUUUUUGUUGAUUGUCUUCAUGUGUAUAACCUUACUGAUUGCCAGCCUCAUCUGCCUUACUCUACCAGUAUUUGCCGGCCGUUGGUUAAUGUCCUUUUGGACGGGGACUGCCAAAAUCCAUGAGCUCUACACAGCUGCUUGUGGCCUCUACGUUUGCUGGUUAACCAUCAGGGCGGUGACGGUGCUGGUAGCUUGGAUGCCACAGGGACGCAGAGUGAUCUUUCAGAAGGUUAAAGAGUGGUCCCUCAUGAUAAUGAAGACCUUAAUAGUUGCGGUUCUGCUCGCUGGAGUUGUCCCGCUUCUUCUGGGGCUCCUGUUUGAGCUGGUUAUUGUUGCUCCCCUGAGGGUUCCCUUGGAUCAAACUCCUCUUUUUUACCCAUGGCAGGACUGGGCACUUGGCGUCCUGCAUGCCAAAAUCAUUGCAGCUAUAACAUUGAUGGGUCCUCAGUGGUGGUUGAAAACUGUAAUUGAGCAGGUUUACGCAAACGGCAUCCGGAACAUUGACCUUCACUAUAUCGUUCGGAAACUGGCAGCGCCAGUGAUCUCUGUGCUCUUGCUUUCCCUGUGUGUACCUUACGUCAUUGCGUCUGGCAUCGUUCCUCUACUAGGUGUUACUUCAGAAAUGCAAAACUUGGUCCAUCGGCGGAUUUAUCCAUUUUUACUGAUGGUUGUGGUAUUGAUGGGAAUCUUGUCCUUCCAGGUCCGCCAGUUUAAGCGCCUUUAUGAACAUAUUAAAAAUGACAAGUACCUUGUGGGCCAACGCCUUGUGAACUAUGAACGGAAAUCUGGCAAACAGGGCACCUCUCCGCCACCUCCACAGUCAUCCCAAGAAUAAAGUGGUUGUCUCAACUACCUUGACCUUCCCCUUGCCUUUACGUGUCCUUUUUUGUGGACUUCUCUCUUUGGAGAUUUUUCCCAGUGAUCUCUCAGCAUUGUUUUUAUUUUAAAUCUGUUGACUUGUGUUCUCGGCAUCCAGAGAGCUGCCCUUCCUGCACCUUCUGACAUCAUUGCUGUCUGAGGUCUGUACAUGUGUAAAUAGAAGUUCCUGGAUACCCUAAAACCUUGGAUUAAACAGAAUGUGCAUUGUACAUCUUUAAACAAAAUGUAUAUUAAUUUAUUAAAUCUAGUUGUCACUUUAUUUUGGACCUGCUGUGAUCUUGACAGGAAAUGUGCCACAGAGCCAUGGUGCAGGGGCAAGACUUUUCAAUGGCGUCUUUUGGAGUGCACUGUCGUGGUGUUCCUUGCAGUUCUUACUGAGUAAACUGUACAUUCUGUUUCUCUUGGCUGUUCAGACCUUACCAAGAACGUAAAAGGAAACAAGUAGAAAUCGACAGUGGAGUGUCUGUGGUAAGAAAACAUGAACUUGUGCUUCACUGUCAAUCGUUUUUGGAAGUUAUUUUGUAUAACACCAAAGCUGUUGUACAUUUUCUACUGCCUGAUUUUUUUUCAUGUGUCUGUGUUUGUAAUAUUGUAUAGUAUCUUGUGCUAGGUAGGGAAAUUAUUUUUAAUUUUGAUAAUUUAAUAUUCCUAGUGACCAGCAUUGGGAGCUGGGUUUUUGUGCUUGUUAGGGGCAUGACUAUACUUAGAGAAAAAAAAGUCCAAAAGAAGAUUUUUCAUUAGAUCACCCAACCCCUUUUUCCCAGAUACAGCUAUCUUUUUUUCCUUCUUGGCAACAGUGGCCAAAAGUCAUGCAAGAUCAUAAAUCUUAUAGAAUAACAUCACCGAUGAUACUGCAUCUUCCUGGAAUAAGGACAUACUGAAAUGUAAGUUAAAUGUAGAUGGGGUUUGUGGUCUUAGAUGGACAGCAUUAGAGAAAUUGUUAGAACCCCCCCCCCCGGUCCUGGUAGUUAGUACAUCAUUGGGUGAGAACUAGGAGCGGUGCAUUUCUCCAGCGCUUUCAAAGCUUUGUUUACAGAAUAAAAUUACAAAUAAAACCAACUUGAUUUUAUUUGACCAGAAGGAAGCUGGCUAAGCUGGCCUUUUUACAUAGGAGUACAGAAUGUAUUUCAUAGGAAAUGUGCUGUAAAGUCUCAGAAAACUAAAUAUUUUCAAACUUAGUUUUCCCUUAUAACCAAAGUUUCAACUUAGAAGUUUAGAGAAAGAGAAUGGUUGGCACAUGAUCCAAGUAUUUAAUGUUAACGGUGUAUUGUAAGGGUAGUGUUUGGUUUUGAAUGAUAACUUAGGAGAUCUCAAAGCAAAUGGGCAGCAUAGGUCUUAAGAAACCAUAAACGAAUUUCCAUAUAGUAUUACAACCCAUAGGCUUAAAUCUGGGGAUUUUUAAAAUAUGAGAAUCAGCCAAACAUAAGUUAGCAAAAUCAAAAACAAGUUCUGAUUGUUUUAUAUUUCAACAAUUUUUCCUGAAGUGGUAAGCAGUUACUUUAAAACAUUUUGAAACAUCAGUAUCAAAAAAAAGAAAGAAGCUUGACAUAGGAUGCAGUGUUAGAGUUUUUGGCACUUUAUAGUAGCCUUUCUUAUAUUUGAAAUUACGGGCUUUGCUAGCCCUACCUUUACUUAGAAGUUUAGUCCUACUGUGAAAAAUAGGAGCGUUUUAAACAUAACGCCAUCUGUCAUGGUGUAUAUCUGUAUAAAUUGUUCUCUUUGGGAGAAAAAUAUUAUCAAAUUGGGCAUAUAACUUAAUUAUGUUCAUUUAACUUUUUUUUUUUGAUUUCCCAGAGAAUUUGUAGACGUUAAUAUAAAGUCAUUGGAACAUAUUUAUCUGUUUUACCAGAAAGAAAUCUAGGCAGAUACUACAAAAGAUUAAAAAUUGUUAUUCUACAAAAUUUUAAAUAUUGUCAGAUAUUUUGUAAAAAAAAAAAAAAAAAAAAGCCAAAAGGUUGCCCUCCAUUUUGCUGGCAGAUAACUUUAUCUUCUUGUCUUACUUAAGGAUUUCCCCUGGUUUCUCAGUUGUUCUCUGUCCUGUUGUUUUCAAUAAGGAAAGCAUUUGCUAGCAUACUGUUUACUUGGAUAGCAUCAAAAUUUUAUUAUUAACCAAUAGUCUUAUAAAUACUUAAAACUUCUAGUUCAGAAAGUGCAAAUAUUGCUGCCCUUCUUCAUGUAGAAUUAAAAAAAAAUAAUAGUGUAGUUCUGCUUCAUUUUACAUUGGGCUAAAAAUUGUCUUAAAGGAAGUUAAUUAGGAAAGAAGACGUUUUUGCUUUAUUUUUACUAUUGAAGACAAAUCAACAUUUGGGGUUAGUUUUACAUGACCAGUUAUCAAAUGGUCAUAGUAUGAAGUGUGCAGUUGUUUAUUAUUAGCAAAUUGUCUGAUUUUUAAACUACUAAGUACUAAUAGUUAAGAUGAAAACUGAAGAAAAAUGCCAAUGUGAAGUUUGUGUAUAGCUAGCCUUAAAAAACUCCAUGUUUUUAGGUGAUUUGUUUCCUGUUAGUUCUCUGGAGAAACAGUGGAGAUAGGACAUCUCAAUUCCAGAUGUAAACAAAAAGUAAUUUUUUUUAUUUCAACAUUUCAUAUAGCUGUUACUAUGUGGAUUCUUGUGUUUUUUUCUUUCCCUUAUUCAAGUAAUAGAGAAUAACUUUUUCCUCAAAUUAUUUGAUCUUAGAUAUGUUAUUUCUGUAUUGGCAAAAUGCUACUAUUAAAGUGUAAUUCUCAAAUUUAGGUUGAAUUGAUGAAUUUUUAAAACAAAACAGAAGCACUGGACAUUUCUACAUUGUACUGCACUUGCAGACACACACUCACUCUGGAGAAUGUGGCACCGGCAUUAAGAACAUUGGCAGUUUUUAAAACGUUGCAAGUGAGCUACGUAAUACUCGUUUUCAGGAUCGAGUAUUUUAGGCUCUCUACUUACUGUGAGAAGUUUUUUAUAUUGUAAAAUUAAAUAAUUAUAUUUAAAAUACUCCUUUAGAGUGUUACCUAUUCAGUCACCAAGAAGAAUACAAAUGUCUUACCACAAAAGUAUUAUUUGAAGCUCAUCUGUGGAGAUUCUGUUAACGGCCUUGUAUCUCCUUACUUAACUUGCCCCCUCAAUCGCACAUUUUCCUUUCAAUCUGUUACUGCCCUGUGUCGUUUUUUAAAACAGCCACCGUGAGUAAGGGCUUCUUUCAGAUAAUCGCUGAUGUCUUUGGCAUUUAAUACAAUGUAAAGAUAAGACAGGAUACAUCUGUUUUCAUUCCCGUCUAUUUUGUAUGAGUGCCUCAUUUUGUAGUUGUGAAAUUAAUACAGUACCUUAAAUGAAAAUGUAGUGACCAGAAGGCCUAGAAAUGACUGUCGUAGAAGCUGAAGAACUAGAACACUUACUUGGUAGGGGCGUCAGUUUUCGUUAACCCCUUAGACACUCAGGCCAACUUUAUGUGUAUAUAUUCUAAAAGUGCUCCCUUUUUUAUGUGGUCGUUUGUUGCCUUCUGAGUUGAGAGAACAAGAUUGAAUAAAAAUGAUAGUUGUAGCCUA